AUGGGAUCAGUCGACGUUAUUGGACCUCUUUUCCAGCCCCUUCGCUUGGGGGCACUCUCUCUUCAACACCGUGUCGUUCAGGCCCCUUGUACUCGUAUGCGAGCUACCAAGGAGUCUGAUGGUGUGUUUGUCCCCAACGAUCUGAAUGUUGAGUACUAUUCUCAGCGCGCAUCUGCGGGCGGGUUAAUGCUCACAGAGGCAACUCCAAUUAGCCGACUUGCUGCGGGUUAUCCAGGCGUCCCGGGUAUUUUCACCCCCUCGCAGAUUGCCGGCUGGAAGAAAAUCACCGAUGCCGUGCACGCGAAAGGCGGCUUGAUUCUGUGUCAGUUAUGGCACGUCGGUCGUGCCACUGUUCCUUCCUUUCUAGAUGGGGCACAGCCCGUGGGCGCGAGUGAUAUCCCGAUCAGUGGCAACGCCAUGGAUGGGACGGAGUAUGCGGCCUCGCCUCCACGGCCGAUGACGGUAGAGGAGAUCCAGGACGUCGUGAAAGAAUAUGGUGCAGCAGCGAAGAGAGCGAUGGAAGCAGGAUUCGAUGGUGUGGAAAUUCACGCCGCGAAUGGGUAUCUUCUAGACCAAUUCCUCCACGAUAACGUCAACAACCGUACGGAUGAUUACGGAGGAUCCAUUGAGAAGCGUUCCCGACUCAUCAUUGAGGUCAUCAAGGAAGUUAGCUCUGCUAUCGGGGCUGAGCGUGUCGGCAUCCGGCUGUCGCCUUACAAUUAUUUCCAAGACACUCGUGAUUCUAGUCCAAACGCAAACUGGUUUGCUCUUUGCUCCACAAUCGCCAGUCUACCCGCUGAGUCAAAGCCAAUCUAUGUGCACAUGGUUGAGCCUAGAUUCGACGAGGUGUUAGAUGAGAGUGCCAAGAUUGAAUCUUUGACUGAGGACAAGCCGUCUUUGGAUGUAUUCAGGCCGGUUUUGAAGAAGGGGAGUAUCGCUUUUCUGGCAGCUGGAAACUUCAGUGUGGAGAAUGCUGGUCCGAAAGUCUUGAAUGACGGGGCAGAUGCGGUGGUUUUUGGUCGGUACUUUAUUUCCAACCCUGAUCUGCCCAAGCGGUUGAAGGAGGGACUGCCAUUGAAUCCGUAUGAUCGGACUACCUUCUAUGGGGCUGAUCCUGCUGAAAAGGGCUAUACCGACUAUCCUUUCUACAGUAAUUAG